GUGAGCAGUGGGGGCCGGCGGGGACUUUGGGACCACUGAGGGACCAGCCUUGGACCAGUCUGAGGUGGAAGUGCUGAACAUCCACAGGUUUUCUUCAGUAGUGGACGGUGGAACCCGAGCAGUGAGUAGUGUCAGUGUUUGACAAUGUCUCCACGAUCUCGGGUGGCGGCGUUGGCCUUUGUCCUGGUUUUCCUGGGGCCCCUCCCCUCCAUGCCAGCCCCUCCCACUGAUCCAGACGACGAGGCCUUUGAUCUGGAGAGUUAUGACCUGAACAGUGAGACAGAGUGGGACAACCUGGACAUCAACAUUUACGGAGACAACUACGACUACGACGAUCUGGACCCAGAGGUUGAGGUGGGCGCUACAGCACCAGCCACGCCCCCACAAUCCAGCCAAUCGUCAGCGGAGGAGGAGCUGACCCCACCUCCGGCGGUUCUGUUACCAGUGACCCUGGACUUCAGGGGUCCGGGUCUAUUUGGUCCAGAGACGGGUCUGGGUAUGCCCACCUGUCUGCUGUGUGUCUGCCUGAGUGGGAGUGUCUACUGUGAUGACACUGGCCUGGACCACAUCCCACCGCUGCCCAAAGACACCACCCACUUCUAUGGACGUUUCAACCACAUCAGACACUUGAAGAACACUGACUUCAUGAACCUGAAUCAGCUCCGUUCCAUCGACUUAACAGGGAACCAGAUCUCAGAGAUGGACGAGGACGUGCUCUUGUCUCUGCCUCGGCUGCAGGACCUUCUGCUGGCAGACAACAACCUGCAGACCAUUCCAGAACUCCCCGCCUCCAUGAAACGCAUCGAUCUACGCAACAACAGAAUGAUCAGCCGAGGGCUCCAUUCAGAUGCCUUCAAGGACAUGAAUGGGCUGGAGUUCCUCUACUUGUCGGACAAUAACCUGGAUUCUGUUCCAGCGCCGCUGCCGCUGAGCCUCAGAGUUUUACACCUACAGAACAACAACAUCCAGACUCUACACGAGGACGUCUUCUGUCACCUCCACGACCGCAGCUUCAUCCGCCGCAACCUGGAGGACAUCCGCCUGGACGGAAACCCAGUCAACAUCCACCAGUUCCCUCAGGCCUACGUCUGUCUACCCCGGCUGCCAGUGGGGGGGCCCUGAUGCUGUGGGAACGGCCCUGGGGUAAUGGGAGGGGCCUAGACCCCCCCCCCCAAGCCACAACAUCAUAACAACCACUUUACAUGUUGGAAUAAACCUGAUCUAAAUAUUUGAUAUUGAACCUGACACUGGAAAUAAAAGCACAAAUUGACCAUUAUAGGAAAUAUCAUACACCUCCUGUUUAUAAAUUAAUAUCAUGUCAGUGGAGACAAAAAAACAUUUAAUUUUAACAUUUUUACUGUUUGUUUCAAAUGUUUUUUUGUUUGUUUGUUAGUUUUUUUCAUUUUCUUCCUCCUUGUAUUUUAUUUUCCACUGUUUGUCCAAACCUUUGUCAUGUUCAGUUGCUCAACUUAAAUAUUUUCUUAAACAUUUUGUAAAAACAUUUCAUCUGUUUAUGAGCUGAUAGAUGUGGCUUUGACAGCUUUUAUUGUGUAAAAUGAUAAAACUCACAUUUCCAUCUU